GUGAUAAAAUAAUAGGAGAAAUCUUAGUUUUAAUCGAUCAUAUAAUUAUAAUAGAGUAUUAAAUUCAAUUUUAUAUUUUAUAUUUAGUACUUUUCAUUUUAAUUUUAAUUAGUCUUCAAUAAUUGAAGGAACUAUUAGUAAGUUUUCAUGUUAAAAAUAAAGAAUAUUUUUCAUGCAGCAUUGUUAAAUUAAAGAGUUAAUAAAAUACAUAAAAUGGCUGUACAAAUGGCUACUGGAGAAAGUGCCAAUGUUGUAGCUGCUUCUACAACAUCUGAUUGGGACACAAGAGAAUCAAUUCGACAACGUGAGCUUGAUGAAGCAAGAGCAAGAGCAACACAAAUGGAAAAAACUAUGCGAUGGUGGUCCGAUUGUACUGCUAAUUGGCGAGAAAAGUGGAGCAAAGUACGAAAUGAAAGGAAUAAAGCACGAGAAGAAGCUAAAAUUCUUAAAGAUAACUUAGAACUUGUUUUAAAAGAAAAUAACAACAUCAAAAGAGAAAAACAAAAUUUAGAACAGCAAAAUGAAUGUUUACGUAAAGAACUGGAAAAAGUUAAUCUAAUUUUAUUAAAACAUGCUGGCCAAUGGGACUCACAAAUUGUUGAAGCAUUAGAUAAUGGUAUAUCUGAACCAGAAACAUGUUGUAGUUCAAUAUCUAGACCUCAACCAUCAAUUGUAAGCGACUCUGGUAUUGAAGAAUAUGUUUUACAAGAAGCUGUUCCUAAGCAUGCUGUUGAAAUGUUUCAUCAAUCUUUUUCACCAAUAGAUACUCCUAAUCUCUCUAAGAAUCUGACUGAUGAAGAAGUUGACAAAUUAGAAAAAAAGUUAGAAAAUCUUUUAGAGACUACUCAGAAUGAUUUUGAUAAUUUACAUAGACAACUGAUGGCUACUGACAACAAAGAUAAAAAUUGUAAAUGUCAAGAAAAUAGUAGUACAACAAACCAACGUUUAGAAGAAUUAAGAACACAACUAGAACACUUGCAAAAUGAAAAUGAAAUUGAGUGGAGUAAAAGAGAACAAUUGGAAAGCGAAAUGAUGGCUAUUGAAAGAAUGAAUAAGAAGUUAAAAGUUGAAUUGCAGGAUACAUUAGAAAAACUUCAGAAACAAAAUAAACCUGAGACUUCAAAUGAAAUGAAAUUUAGACUUCUACAGCAAGAUUUAUCAGAUAAAAAUAUUGAAUUAGCUAAUUUAAAACAUAUUGUUUUAAAACAAAAAAAAAUAUUUGUUGAUCAAAACAAUGAACUAAGUCAUUUAAUGAAGAGAGGAGAACAAUAUGAAGGAGAAGUAAAACGUUUAAGGAAUCGAGUUAAAGAAUUAAAAAGAGAAUUGGCCACAACUGAAGAAGAAUAUGAUAUUGCAGUAAAUAAAAUUAAGAAGUUGGAAGAUCACAAUAAUAAUUUACAAGAACAUUUAGAAAGAUUUCAAGCUGAAAUGAUACCUCCUAAAGAUUCGGAAAAAUAUCGAGAUGUGUUGACUCAGAUUAAAACAUAGUUGUAUUAUUAUUUUUAAUUAUCAUAAUUUAAGAAAAACAUUAUAAGGCAAAUAUACAUAGCUUUAAAGUCAGUUGGCAACAUUAAUUCAAAAUGUGAUACAAAUAAUUAAAAUCAGUUGAUUUUUAUGGUAUUUUGAAUAACCAUGAUUCUACAUAUAAUAAUAUUAUGUAGAUUGUUAAGAGGCAAUUAGGUAUAUUUGCUAACUAAUUACUUUUCUUGAGUAAAAUUAUAACAACUUUCUAGUGCUUUUAUUUAAAGAGGAUAUUUUUGUCAUUUUUUAUUCAGAAAAUUUUACUUUUCAUCAAGUUAAAAAUCAAGAGACUAAAAGAUAUAUAAACUUAUAGUUAAAAAAACAUAAUAUAAUGAAUUAUUUCCUUUCUUUUACAAUCUUAUGUAUAAAUAUAAUGUUAAUUUAAUGAAUAAACAAGAAUUUGAACAGUAAAAAAUGUUUAAAAGAGUCAGAAAAUGUUAUACACAAUUUUUUUCUAUUGAUUAUUUUUUUUUAUGAUAAAAUAAUUUUUGCCUAGAACGACAUACAA